AUGUUGAUGCCAGCGGGUCUCCUCGCCAACAAGAGCGCCAUCAUCACGGGCGGCACAACAGGCAUUGGCCGCGCCAUCUGCCUCGAGUUCCUCCGCCAGGGUGCCAAUGUGGUCGUCAACCACCUCGGCCUUGAAAAGGACAAGAAGCAUCUCGACUCGCUCAUUGCCGAGGCCGAUGCCAUCCGAAAAGCGACCCCCACCGCCGGCCGCCUCGCUCACCAAGAGGGCGACGUCCGCAACCCGGACACGGCCACCAACCUGGUCAAGAUGGCGGUUGAGCACUCGGGCCCCAGUAAGCGCCUCGAUGUGUGCGUCUCCAACGCUGGUAUCUGCACUUUUGCCGACUUUUUGACCCUCGAGUCGGAUCUCCUCUACAAGACGGUGCGGACAAAUCUUGAUGGCGCUUUCUACGUGACUCAGGCUGCAGCACGGCAGAUGGCCCUCAACCAGACACCCAAGGGCGGAAGCAUCAUUGGAGUAUCAUCCAUCUCGGCUCUCGUUGGCGGCGGACAGCAGACGCAUUACACUCCCACCAAGGCGGGCGUGCUGAGCCUGAUGCAGAGCACAGCAUGCGCGCUGGGCGAGCACAACAUCCGGUGCAACGCCCUCCUCCCAGGCACGAUCCGCACGCAGCUCAACGACGCCGACCUGGCAGACGACAACAAGCGGGCGUACAUGGAGGGCCGCAUCCCCCUCGGGCGGACAGGCUCCCCGUCCGACAUGGCCGGGCCCGCCGUCUUCCUGGCCUGCCCGGAGCUGAGCGGCUACGUGACGGGCGCGCAGCUGCUGGUCGACGGAGGACUGUUUGUCAACCUUCAGUGA